UCACCCUUCCCUCCCAUCUCUCUCAUUCCGAGUCUCACAACCCCCCAUCCCCCACUCCCCACAGCAUCCACGCCCUUCCUCUCUCCAACAAGCUCAUCGUCGCUCAUGGCCCUGCCAUGGAGAAGCCGCAGGUCCAGCCUGGUGAAGAACAAGCCGGUCAAGAGGAUCUCCGGCGUCGAGGUUUCGAUCCCCACGCACUUCCGGUGCCCCAUAUCGUUGGACCUCAUGAAGGACCCGGUGACGGCGUCGACCGGGAUCACCUAUGACCGGGCCAGCAUCGAGGCGUGGCUCGACAUGGGGAACGCGACGUGCCCGGUCACCAACCGGGAGCUGAAGCAAGAGGACCUCAUCCCCAACCACUCCAUCCGGAAGAUGAUACAGGACUGGUGCGUCGCCAACCGAUCCAACGGAAUCGAGAGGAUUCCCACACCCAAGAUCCCCGUCACCAAGGCCCAGGUCACGGACAUCGUGUCGGAGAUCGCCGCGGCCAGCCGGCGGCGCGACCGCGCUCGGUGCGGGCAGCUGGUGGCGAAGGUCAGGAGCUCGGUGAGGGAGGGCGAGCGGAACCGGGGGUGCUUCGAGUCGAAUGGCACCGGGCGGGCUCUGGCCGCCGCUUUCGGUGCAUUUGCCGGUGUUUCCUCCGUCGACGGCUCGGUGACGCGGGUGCUGGAGGAGAUCUUGGCCGCGCUGACGACGCUGCUACCGCUCGACGAGGAGGCCGCUUCGCACGUCGGAUCGCCAGAGUCCCUGACCUGUCUCGUGUCGAUCUUAAAGCACGGGGAUCUGGUCGCGAGGCUCAAUGCGGCUGUGGUGGUGAAGGAGCUGCUCGCGUGCGGCGGAGCACGAGCGGAUGGCACGGCCGACACGGCGGGGCUGGUGGAAGCACUGGUGAAGCUCAUCAAAGAGCCCGUCCUCCCUCAGAUCACGAAGGCCUCCCUUGUCGCCAUCUUCUACCUAACCAACUACAGCGAGAGGACGGCGUCGCGGGUGGUCGGUAUGGGACUGGUGCCCGUGCUCAUAGAGACGCUCGUCGACGCCGAGAAGAGCAUGUGCGAGAAGGCGCUGGCCGUGCUGGACGCGCUCGUGGGGUGUGCCGGCGGCAGGGAGCAGGCAUACGGUCACGCGCUGACGACGCCGGUGCUGGUGAAGAAGAUGUUCCGGGUGUCGGACACGGCGACCGAGUUCGUGGUCUCGGCCCUGUGGAAGCUGUGCAAGGGCGAGGAGGAGGCAGGAGAUGAGGGAGAAGGGAGGGGGAGAUGCUUGCGAGAGGCUCAACAAGCGGGAGCCUUCCACAAGCUCUUGCUUCUGCUGCAGGUUGGGUGUGGUGAGGCGACCAAGGAGAAGGCCACCGCUCUCCUUAGACUAUUGAAUGGGUACAAGAAGGAUGAGUGCAUAGACACCACAGAUUUCAAGGGACUAAAACAGCCUCUUCUUCCUGUGUGAUUUAGAAACAUGUACAAAAUACAGUCUAUUCUCUUCGUUUGCACUACAAAAAACUAUGUUUUACACGUUAAGAACAGAAAGAAACAGUUGGAAAGUGU